CUGCUUUGGUUUGAAAGGGUCAGAGUUCACGCAGAGGCUGAACGUGGACAGACUGACCUCUGGUAGGACGGCCCACCCCAGCGGCGGAGCGACUGCAGGAUGAAGGCGCUGCGGGUUGGACUCACCCUGGUUCGGCAUGGAGAGACGGACUACAACAAGGCAGGACUGUUACAAGGCCAGGCCGUGGACUCCUCCCUGUCAGAAGCGGGUCGGCUGCAGGCUGCGGCUGCAGGCUCUUACCUCAGAGACGUUCUCUUCAGCAACGUGUUCAGCAGCGACAUGCGGCGCGCUCGGCAGACUGCUGAGGAGAUCAUGCAGCAGAACAGCAGCUGUCUGCAGCUCCAGAUGGUGUGUGACCCUUUGCUAAAAGAGAAAAGUUUUGGGGUCGCAGAAGGCGGACGGGUUGAGGACCUCAGAGAGAUGGCCAGGGCGGCGGGGGAACCGUUCCCAGAUUUCACCCCUCCGGAGGGCGAGACUCCAGAUCAGGUGAAGCUGCGGGUCCAGCAGUUCAUGGAGAAAAUGCUGCAGCAGAUCGGGGCAGAGCACUGGCCUGCAGGGGGCGCUGAUGUCUCCUCUGCUGAGGGGGGGCCUGAUGACGGCAUAGGGGGCCUCCACGCCCACGCGCUGGUUGUCUCCCACGGCGCCUACAUGUGCGUGGCGGUGCGUUACUUCGUGGAGGAGCUGCGGUGCAGCGCCCCUGCAGGCUGCGACAGGAAGCGCAUGUUCUCGCUGAGCCCCAACGCGGGGAUCUGCAGGUUCAACCUGACGGUGGUCCGGCAGGGGGCGCGCUUUGUGGUGUCAGGCAUGCGCUGUGUGUUCAUUCACAGAGUGGGGGGGGCAAAGCAGGAUGAAUAACCUGCUCAUGAUUUAUUAAUGAAUUUAUUUUAGUGAAUGAAACCGUCAUUGUCUACAGAAGAUGAUGAUGUUUAGUUUUAUUAUAAACAGGCUCAAGAAAAAGACGUAAAACACAAAUAUUAAUAUUUGAUCAUUUGUAGUCAAUGGGGUAAAAUAAAUUGACUGAAUCAUGAGAAUUUUUCUUUUUUAUGAUAUGUUCUCAAAGUCCACGUUGAAAAUAUGAAUAAGAGAGAUUUCUGUUGGUUCAGUAUUUUAUAAUCUAAAGAAACUGUAACUGUUCAUGAAUGUCUGCUGUAUUUAUUUAUGCAUUUACUGGAUUAAACUCUGCAGCUGUUUACAAUUUAUUUUAUUUAUUUAUGUAUUUUUAUUAGCAUGCUUCAUAAAUCCAGUUAACCUGCCACAUAAAAUACUUUUGGUUCAUAUGUUUGUUGCUUCAAAACUAUUUCUCCAUCUAUUUUUAUCUAUUCAUUUGUAAAUAAGUUUAUUUUCUAAACAAAAAUGAUAAAAACAAAACACUAUAAAUGAUAUUGG